AUGGAAUACUCGCAAGAGCAACUGAACUACUUCAGACUCUGCUACAUAGGAUUUGAUUUGGUUCCAGUAGGACUGCGGCAGAUUUUCAAAAACGAAUGGGAUUUCCUCUAUAAAGCAACGUCAAUUGGAGAAUGGAAAGACACGGCACAAAAUGGUCGUGAUUUCUUCAACAAUGAAUCUAAAGCAAGUCGCAAGAAAAACGCCCGGUGUCUGGCAACAAUCCACAAUGGUAACACGACAAAGUGGGACUGCACGUGUUUGUUUUUUGCCAUCCUCUACUCAGACACCGUUGGCGCCACUUUAAGCCCAGCUGUCCGUAAAGAGGUCGAUGAUAUUCGUCAAGUACGAAACGAGAUUGCUCAUAUCACCGAGGCUAAGUUGACAGAUACCGACUUUCAAACUUCUGUAGAUAGAGUGGUGAACGCUUUUACAUCCCUUGGUCUUUCUUUAACUGAGAUUCAAGAAAUAAAGAACCAGACGACCUUUCCAACGAAGGAAGUGGAAAAUAUUAAGAACCAAGCUCGUGAUCUCCAAGCCGAGUUAGAUCAGACAAAAAGCACUCUUCAAAGUACAAAAGCUGCCCUGGUUUCUACAAAAGAAGAAAACAAAUCUCUCACACAGGAAAUAAGUGCGAAACUUCAGUCAUUUUGUAUUCUCGCAUCGCGUCCACCACAUGUUAUCAUUAGACGCUCGCAUGAUAUUGAAAGAAUCACUAAGAAAAUGGAGGAACUUUACAAUGGUUCCAGCGGAGCAGUCAGUACAGUGUUUUUGUCAGGUAAUCCAGGAUGUGGCAAGACCCAACUUGCCCGGGAAAUUGGACAACAGCUCUUUUCUGAACAAAACAAUGAUCUUAUCUUUGUUGCGACACUGAACACAGAAAGCAUUGAGACACUUGUUGACUCUUACCUCACCCUUGGAAGAUACCUAGGGAUAACAGAAUACGCGUUGACAAGCUUAGAUUCUUUAAAGAAAGUGAAACCUAUUGAAGCAAUUAAACAGCUCCACCGCUUGAUUUUGCCGAAGACCAGCAAGUAUAUCAAAUGGUUGAUAAUAGCAGACAAUGUGAUUAACUUACGCUUAGUCCGCGACUUGCUUCCUCAAACUGGCAGUAAGGAAUGGGGCUAUGGGCAAGUGCUUAUUACCACCCAAGAUAGUAGUACAAUUCCUCCAAACGCUCCUCACACAUAUCAUGAAUCGUUAAGCAAGGGAAUGAGGAGGGACGAGGCAGUGGAAUUGCUGGAAACAGUAUCGCAAAUUUCAGAGCCAGUACAGAGAGUACAAGCAGAAAAUGUCGCUGAACUUUUCGAUUUUCAGCCACUGGCCUUAGCUGCUGCUGCUUAUUACCUGCAAACUGUUGUGACCAGUGGGUCUUCUAAUUAUAACUGGAAAGCAUACCUUCAAGACAUAUCAACAUACAGCCAGCGAAAAAAGACCGAAAGUGUCCUUGCUAAUGAGAGUUCAGCCUACCCUAAAACAUCAAUGGCCGCAGUAGAAAUGGCUAUCCAAAGAGCUGCUGAAACAGAGGAGGUUCUUCGUCAUACAUUCUGUUUUCUUUCGCUCUGCGCUAACGACGACCUACCACUCGAAACUGUUUUAAAGUUCGUCAAAGCCCAAGUAAAAGACCAGCAAGAGGUUUUAAUGAAGGCAAAGAUUGUAAAGUCUUCUUUAUGUCUGGUUCAUUCCGAAGAAGGGGGUGAACGAACUUAUUUACGUUUACAUAAAGUUGUGCAUGAAGCUUUGAAACGAGGCGAGUUAGCUUACCUGAAAUCAUUUGAGAGUGACCACUCCAUGGCAGAAGCGGUUAAGAUUUUCAAGUCCCAACUCAAACAAAAUGAAAAGGAUUAUGCGUUUUGUAAAAAAUUGAGGCCCCACUGUGAAUCUUUACUUAAGCAGAUGACGUCAAACUUUAGUUCGGAUGACAGCACUUUUUUAGAAAGGUUUGCGCCCUUCGUAGAUUUGGAUACAGUUAUUGAUUGGCUAGAUACUCUCGCCUUGGUCUGUCAAAAAAGCUCCUAUUUCGUCUUUGCGAAAACUGUGGCCAACUUAGCACACAAUCUGCUGGGAAACUUAGACGACACUUCAACGGGUGCGUUAACUCGUAAAUGGGAGGUUUUAAAUGUGAAUGGCGAAGUAUACAACAGCCUGGGAGAAUACAAUCAAGCCAAAGAACAUCACAAAAAAGCACUGAUGAUUUCCAAAAAGACCUCCAGUUUUGGUGAAGAUCAUUCCAAUGUAGCAACAAGUUAUCACAACCUGGCAUCAGUGUACGACGGCCUGGGAGAAUACAAUCAAGCAAAAGAACUUCACGAAAAAGCUCUGAUGAUUUCCAAAAAGAUUUUUGGUGAAGAUAAUACCCAUGUAGCAACAAGUUAUAACCACUUGGCAUCAGUGUACAACAGCCUGGGAGAAUACAAUCAAGCCAAAGAACUUCUCGAAAAAGCACUGACGAUUCGCAAAAAGAUUUUUGGUAAAGAUCAUGCCGAUGUAGCAACAGGUUAUAACAACUUGGCAUCAGUGUACUACAGCCUAGGAGAAUACAAUCAAGCCAAAGAACUUCACGAAAAAGCACUGAUGAUUUACAAAAAGAUUUUUGGUGAAGAACAUGCCCAUGUAGCAACAAGUUGUAACAACUUGGCAUCAGUGUACAACAGCCUGGGAGAAUACAAUCAAGCCAAAGAACUUCACGAAAAAACACUGAUGAUUUACAAAAACAUUUUUGGUGAAGAUAAUGCCUAUGUAGCAACAAGUUAUAACAACUUGGCAUCAGUGUACAACAGCUUGGGAGAAUACAAUCAAGCCAAAGAACUUCACGAAAAAGCACUGACGAUUCGCGAAAAGAUUUUUGGUGAAGAUCAUGCCGAUGUAGCAGCAAGUUAUAACAACCUGGCAUCAGUGUACAACAGCUUGGAAGAAUACAGUCAAGCCAAAGAACUUCACAAAAAAGCACUGACGAUUAGCGAAAAGAUUUUUGGUGAAAAUAAUACCCAUGUAGCAACAUGUUAUAGCAACUUGGCAUCACUGUACAACAGCCUGGGAGAAUACAAUCAAGCCAAAGAACUUCACGAAAAAGCACUGACGAUUCGCGAAAAGAUUUUUGGUGAACAUCAUGCCGCUGUAGCAACAAGUUAUAAGAACCUGGCAUCAGUGUACUACAGCCUAGGAGAAUACAAUCAAGCCAAAGGACUUCUCGAAAAAGCACUGACGAUUCGCAAAAAGAUUUUUGGUGAAGAUCACGCCGAUGUAGCAACAAGUUAUAACGGCUUGGCAUCAGUGUACAUCAGCCUGGGAGAAUACAAUCAAGCCAAAGAACUUCUCGAAAAAGCACUGAUGAUUUACAAAAAGAUUUUUCGUGAAGAUCAUGCCCAUGUAGCAACAAGUUAUAACAACUUGGCAUCAGUGUUCAGCAGCCUGGGAGAUUACAAUCAAGCCAAAGAACUUUACGAAAAAGCACUGAUGAUUUCCAAAAGGAUUUUUGGUGAAGAUAAUGCCUAUGUAGCAACAAGUUAUAACAACUUGGCAUCAGUGUACAACAGCCUGGGAGAAUACAAUCAAGCCAAAGAACUUCACGAAAAAGCACUGAUGAUUUACAAAGAGACUUUUGGUGAAGAUCAUGCCCAUGUAGCAACAAGUUAUAACAACUUGGCAUUAGUGUACAACAGCCUGGGAGAAUACAAUCAAGCCAAAGAACUUCACGAAAAAGCACUGACGAUUCGCGAAAAGAUUUUUGGUGAAGAUCAUGCCCAUGUAGCAACAAGUUAUAACAAUUUGGCAUCAGUGUACUACAGCCUGAAAGAAUACAGUCAAGCCAAAGAACUUCACGAAAAAGCACUGACGAUUUGCGAAAAUAUUUUUGGUGAAAAUCAUGCCGAUGUAGCAACAAGUUAUAACGGCUUGGCAUCAGUGUACAUCAGCCUGGGAGAAUACAAUCAAGCCAAAGAACUUCUCAAAAAGGCACUGAUGAUUUACAAAAAGAUUUUUGAUGAAGAUCAUGCCGAUGUAGCAACAAGUUAUAACAACUUGGCAUUAGUGUUCAGCAGCCUGGGAGAUUACAAUCAAGCCAAAGAACUUCACGAAAAAGCACUGAUGAUUUACAAAAAGACUUUUGGUGAAGAUCAUACCGAUGUAGCAAGAAGUUAUAACAACUUGGCAUCAGUGUACAACAGCCUGGGAGAAUACAAUCAAGCCAAAGAACUUCACGAAAAAGCACUGAUGAUUUACAAAAAGAUUUUUGGUGAAGAUCAUGCCGAUGUAGCAAGAAGUUAUAACGACUUGGCAUCAGUGUACAACAGCCUGGGAGAAUACAAACAAGCCAAAGAACUUCACGAAAAAGCACUGAUGAUUUACAAAAAGAUUUUUGGUGAAGAUCAUGCCGAUGUAGCAAGAAGUUAUAACGACUUGGCAUCAGUGUACAACAGCCUGGGAGAAUACAAACAAGCCAAAGAACUUCACGAAAAAGCACUGAUGAUUUACAAAAAGAUUUUUGGUGAAGAUCAUGCCGAUGUAGCAAGAAGUUAUAACGACUUGGCAUCAGUGUACAACAGCCUGGGAGAAUACAAACAAGCCAAAGAACUUCACGAAAAAGCACUGAUGAUUUACAAAAAGAUUUUUGGUGAAGAUCAUGCCGAUGUAGCAAGAAGUUAUAACGACUUGGCAUCAGUGUACAACAGCCUGGGAGAAUACAAACAAGCCAAAGAACUUCACGAAAAAGCACUGAUGAUUUACAAAAAGAUUUUUGGUGAAGAUCAUGCCGAUGUAGCAAGAAGUUAUAACGACUUGGCAUCAGUGUACAACAGCCUGGGAGAAUACAAACAAGCCAAAGAACUUCACGAAAAAGCACUGAUGAUUUACAAAAAGACUUUUGGUGAAGAUCAUGCCCAUGUAGCAACAAGUUAUAACAACUUGGCAUCAGUGUACUACAACCUGGGAGAAUACAAUCAAGCCAAAGAACUUCACGAAAAAACACUGAUGAUUUCCAAAAAGAUUUUUGGUGAAGAUCAUGCCCUUGUAGCAACAAGUUAUAACAAUUUGGCAGUAGUGUACUACAGCCUAAAAGAAUACAAUCAAGCCAAAGAACUUCAUGAUAAAGCACUGAUGAUUGGGAAACAAAUUUGCGGUGAUAAUCAUUAG